CGAGCACAGCCGGGAAGCCCCUGGUGUGGCUCUUGCGGAACAGAAAUGCGCAAUCCAAUCGCGAGUUCUCCCUCACAUGACACGCUCCUCGCCGGAUAAAAUAAAACCGGCCCCUGCCUGGCCACUUCACCCCACAUUCAAAGGAGAAGGGGCCGUGCGCGACUGGACCAGACCAGACCAGACCAGCUGCAGCCAUGGCAGAAAGGAUGGUGGGAGGACUAUCGGACCCGGCUCCGGCCACUCCCGAGGUUCAGGAAAUCGCAAACAAGGUGAAGGGCCAGCUGGAGCAGGUAACGAACACCAGCUACUCCAUUUUCCAGGCGAUUUCGUACAGCACACAGGUGGUUUCUGGGACAAACUACGUCAUCAAGGUCCAGCACGGCGACGCCGCGACCGACUACGUCCACUUGUGGGUCUUCCAGGCCCUGCCGUGCUACGGCGGGGGACUCAAGCUCUCCAGAUACCAGCUGGGCAAGACCAGAGACGACCCCAUCCCCUAGCCCCGAGGGCAGCCCUGCGGGGAGGAGCCGCGUGCAGGAAGGAGCUGCGUGGAUGCAAUAAAAGUGUCACGCUGAGCCCA